AUGAGGGCAGCACGAAGGAUCUUGGCGUCGCCACCACCCAUCGCAUGUCGAGUUCCAGUAUCAAGGACCCAGCGAGCAUCCAUCUCCUCUGCGGCCUCUGCAUCUUCUGCAGGUCGCACACAGAAGCACCGGGGAACAGCUCUCAACUCUUCGUUGGCCGCCGAGUCUUCCCUCAAACCCAAUCUCGUCGACCAGGGCCUCUUCGCUGGUACCUCCGCAUCCGCGGCCCAGGAUUCCACUCAACACGAUUAUCUAACGCCCAUGCGCCAAUACCAAAGCCUAAUAGAUAAAGGAGUGCUACGCGGCGACGACCACCAAACCCGUAUCAUCCAAAAACUCCAGGAUUUACACGACAAGCUCGUCGAUUAUACCCCGCCUGUAAUACCCGACGCAUCCGAUUCCAACUCACUUCUUUCUCGGUUAUUCAGCCGCGAGUCCCCCGUACCCACGUCCCCGCCAGAAAACGUCCCUAAAGGUCUCUAUCUUUGGGGAGAUGUCGGCACAGGGAAGACGAUGCUCAUGGACCUCUUCUACCAGACCCUCCCACCAUCCCUAAAGCAUAAACGACGAGUUCAUUUCCACGCAUUCAUGAUUGACGUCCACAAACGGCUGCAUGCUGCGAAGAUUGCGAUGGGGUAUCGAGGUGGCGACCCAAUUGUUCCUGUGGCUCGAGACUUGGCACGGGAUGCUUCUGUAUUGUGCUUCGAUGAAUUCCAAGUCACCGAUAUCGCUGAUGCUAUGAUCCUGAGGCGGCUGCUCGAGUCAUUGGUUAAUUACGGCGUUGUUUGUGUAAUGACCUCAAAUCGACACCCGGACGAUUUGUACAAGAACGGAAUUCAACGAUCCAGCUUCCUUCCAGCAAUAGACCUGCUGAAGACCCGAUUUGACGUUACGGACCUGGACUCUGGUACAGACUACCGUCGAAUACCUCGUGCUCUGUCGCAUGUGUAUUACCACCCCCUCUCAUCGGAGAAUGAUCGCGAAAUCAACAAGAUAUUUGAUUCCUUUGCUGGCGAAGACCCGACAGACCCUCCCAUCCGGAAUCGCAAACUUACGAUAUGGGGCCGAACUCUUCUUGUCCCUGAGAGCACAAGCACCGUCGCCAAAUUCAACUUCAACGACCUCUGUGGGCGGCCACUUAGCGCCGCCGAUUACAUAGAAGUCACGAAGAAUUUCGGGACUAUCUUCUUGUUGAAUGUGCCGAAGAUGGGUUUAGACAAGAAGGACUUGGCGAGAAGGUUCAUUACUUUCAUUGACGGUAUGUAUAGUUUCAUAUCACGUUCAUUUCUGACUUCCCAUCUUCUCACAGCCUGCUAUGAAAGUAAAACGAAGCUAUUCGUAACAUCGGAAGUUCCCGUCUUCAAGGUCUUCUCCGACGACCCUUCAGAGACAGCUCACAAAAUCCAUAUCUCCGACCACAUGCGCAGUGUCAUGGAUGAUCUCGGUCUGUCAAACGAUGUUGUUGGCAGCAGCUCGAUGUUCACGGGAGAAGAAGAGGUCUUCGCUUUCGCACGAGCGUGCUCCCGCUUGGUGCAGAUGGGAAGUAAGGAGUGGGCAGAGACAGCUGGGAUGAAGUAG